UGCACUAGCACUACUAGUGUUGUUAACUAUAUAGGCGUGUACGCUUUAAAGGGCAAAACACAGACGCAGACUUUUAAGGAUAUAGCAGGGCAGAUAUUGCUGUAUAUUAAACCUAGCAACUUAAUGCUCUCUUUUAUAGUAAGGCUUUUUAACAAGAGUAUUAGCUCUUGUAAUUACAGUGCAUAG